UUCUCUGUCCUGGCUAAGGGUCCGAAGGGCAGGCCACCCCCACAGAGGCCUCACUAGGGCAGAAAGGAGGGCGUGGGUCCGUGGGUAGGAAGCCAUGGUGCUUUGGUCUCUGGGUAUCUCCAGCUCAGGACUGUCCCAGCUAGAGUGACCUCCACCCCCUGGGUCUAGCAGUAGCUGACCAAGGGCCAGUGAGCAGCACCCAUGGGGCAGAAGCUGAAGGCCCCCUCCAGCUCUGUCCACUUUGGUUCUCUGAGCUGGGGCAGAAUGGGUCCUUGGGCAGCCAGGCAGGACUGGGAUGGGUAUGCAGACCUUGGGGAUCACCAGGAGGGGCAGCUGGGGGUUCUGGGUCUGAUCUCUGCUCCACAGCCUCAGACCCAGUCCCUUCCUGCUGAACCCUGAGCUGGCUCAGCCAGCACCAGUGUGACCUUGGUGAGCUCAGAGGAAAACUGUCCCAGCCAAGGCUGGUGAAAGGUCAUCACCCUGAAGGCUGGGCACCUACUGGAUACUGCAGCCACAUUCUGUGGCCAGCUGUCUCCUAGGGCGCCCUGGGACAGGCCAGGUUGACCAUCACCAAGGAACUGACCCCUGGUGGGUUGUCCUUGGUACAGACUAUGCUGAGGGAGGUGGAGGAAGAGAGCCUUACCCACCUGACAGAAAAUCUCAGGAGAGGUGAAGGAAUGGCAUUUCUGGGAACAAAAAUUCAAACAUGACAGAUGUCAUGUUUUUAGUGUACUUCACUAAUGUAAAAUGCUAUUUGAUUUUAGGACUGUGACAAUGUGUAUUGUAAAGUUGCCAUUUGGAGCCGAUUUGGAAAUAGGGAAAGAGAGAGUUGGGGAUUUUCUAAUUCAGAAGAAAGUAGAUUUGACAGAAGCACAGCCUGUCCUCUGGGACGCUGCUCUGCUUUCUUGCAGGUGGAGAUGGAGAGCCAGGCGGGGGGUCCCCGCUAGUGCACACAGGACAGUGGCAGCAUGCGCAGGCUUGUGCCUGGAGCCUGGACACCUGAAGAUCCCAUCCGGCCCCAAGUCCUGUCACCACUCCAGAGCCUCUGCUGGCUGUGAUGGACAACUUCCAGUACAGUGUCCAGCUCAGUGACCAGGACUGGGCCGAGUUCUCGGCCACUGCUGAUGAGUGUGGUCUCUUGCAGGCGGGCCUGGCUUCUGGGGACGAGCUCUUCUCCAGCGACAUUGACCAAGGGGACAGCAGUGGUAGCAGCCCACCUGGGCCCCAACCUCUCCUCACUGGGCAGCUGGCUGCCCAGGGGAAGGGCUGGAAGGCCUGUGAGGAGGAGCACAGUGUGGCCACCUGGCAGCCGGCCAGCGGGUCUCAGUGGCAGCCUGUCCUGGCUCUGGGGGCCAGUCAGCAGGGGGCCGGCACGUCCGCACGGCCUGAAGCUCUGCUGUCCGUCAGCUCAGGCACCGCCCUUCCUGACCAGUGCUCCUCCUUUCCAGGGUCAGUAGAUUCCAGUGGCGAGAUGCAGAGGCUUCUGCAGGGCCCUUCCUCCAGCCCCUCUGGUGAGCCCCCCCCGAGUUCUAAUCCCCCCAGCCACACUGCCAUCCCUCAAAAGUCCCCCAACAGUUCUGACACCCCUCUGCGGAGCACUGACCGCAAGAAGAGGCGUCCAGCGGGGGCCAAGGGGGGCAGACACUCAGACACGCCAGGGCCUGCUGCGGCCCCAACAGGAUCUCCAAAGCUCCCUGAGGCCAGGGCUGAGGAAAGCCUUGGUCUGGCUGGGGCCAGGGGCAAGGGGUUUGGGGCUGGGACAGCAAAGGCCAUGGCAGGAGCCCAGCAGAACAAGCCUCAGCCAAACUCUGCAGGUGCUCUCUCCACAUCUGUCCCCAUAACUGAGCAAGGUACAGAUCAGAUCAGAAUGACCCCCAGAGCUGAGUUACACAGGGCUUCUCGACCUGUCCAGGAGGCUCAUCCAGAUGCUUCCAUGGCCGAGCCAGAUGAAGCUCUGUCUAUGCCCUCUUCCAAGCCCCAACCUGAUGUGGCCCUGUCUACACCUGACUCCACACCUGGACUGCAUGUGGACCUGCUUAAAGCAGGCCCAAUGGCCAAGCCAAAGGUAGAUUCACCUCUGCCUGUCUCAGUGGCUGUGCCCAGUAGGGCUUUGCCUCAUUCUGCUUCCAAGACUGAGCCUGCUGUAGCAGCAUCUACACCUGUCCCUGGGACUGAGGCUGCAGCGCCCUCCCAGCAUCCUGUUCUCCAGACUAGGGCUGGUCUGAUAGAGACACAAACGACCGUGCCUCCAAGAGGGCAUCAAGAGAAGCCUGGAGGGGCUCCUGGACAUGCUUUGGGGGAGCCUCCCCUGGGCCCUGCCCAAGCCCCCAAGAAGAAGAAAGUACGAUUCUCCAUGGCUGUGCCCAGCCCUGAAGAACCAGGAUCGAAAGAGGCUACAGGUCCACCUUCAUCAGCCUCUGCCUGGCCCUCAACCCCAGGGAUGGCAGUGAGGGGCCGCGAGGGGUCUGCAACCUGGGACGCAGUGGUGGUCGGACCCCGGCCCCCCCAGCCUCGGAUCCUCAAGCACCUGCCACCCCCUGCUCCCUCUGCUUCCGCAGGUACUGGGCCUGGGAGCUGCUUUGCAGUGACGCUCCCUGAGGCCUAUGAGUUCUUCUUUUGUGAUACCAUUGAGGAGGAGGAAGAGGAGGAGGAAGAUGCCAGUGAGGAGGCAGUAGCGAGCCAGGCACUGGGUGAUGUCCAGUGGCCGGACAUAUGUGAAUUCUUCUUCCAGGACUGCCACACCCAGAGGCUGGGGCACCAGGGGAGCUGCUCCCCCACUCCGCCUCCAGGAGCUGACGCUGCAGCAGCUGUGCCCCCUGGAAACCCAGUGCCCUUCUCUAUCCCUGAGGCCUACGAACACUUCCUCGGGGAGGACAGGUGUGGGGGUGAGGUUCUCCCCACUCCCCUUCUCCAGCUGCAGACUUCAGAGCCCCUCAGGAACAUAGGGACAAGGACUCCGCCUGAGCCUGGCCCAGCCAGAGCAGAGCAGCUCAGCCUGGCAGCCAAGCAGGCAGGAGAGCUCCGGCGUCCCCGUGCCUCACUUACUUUUAGUCAGAAUGACAUGUGCCUGGUGUUUGUAGCCCUUGCCACAUGGGCUGUAAGAACCUCAGAUCUACAAACCCCGGAUGCUUGGAAAACAGUCUUGCUGGCCAAUAUUGGCACCAUUUCCGCUAUCCGCUACUUCCGCCGGGAGGUGAGGCGAGGGCGAAGCUCCAGCCCCAGCCCCAGCCCCAGCCCCAGCCCCAGCUACAGCUCCUAGGUCCAGGCCUGGUCUAGGAAGACUCAAGAUAAGGAGAUGGACAGAGAUGUCCAGGAUGAGCUGUUGCCUCCUCCGCAGCCUGAGACCCAGGACAUCUACAGCACGCAGGAGGGAACCAGUGUCCUUGGUGCUGUGGACCCCACAUGAGGGGCCAGCCAGGGGCCAAGGUCAAGGCCACUACCCACACCUGAAGGGAGAGGAGACUUUAAUUCUGGGUGGGUAGAGGAUGAGCAGGGAGCUAGUUAAUAGGUAGCGAAUAAACACAGGGCACCCAGUUAAAUUUGGACUUCAGAUGUAAUACUCGAGACAUACUUUACUAAGUAACUCCUUGUUUAUCUGAAAUCUAACUUAACUGGGGAUCCUCCGUUUCAUCUGGUCAUAUAGGUCAGUGGAGUGUGUUGCAGGAAAGGACCCUGGAAUUAGGAGUGUCAGAGAGCGGCAGCUGCACAGGUCUGGUGGGGCUGGGAUGGGCAUGCUAGGUGGCAUCCAAGGUGGUGGGAGUGGUUUUCCAGGGAUUACGCCUUGUGCAUAACAGGCUGGGCUGGCAGGGGCCUCACAGGCCCCUCUGCACCCCGAGGCCCAAGGUCUGUGGCCAGCUGGAGUGGAUGAGCAGGUGCCUGGAGGAGAUCCUGCAGUCUCUACAGGGUGGGGCAGUGGCCAGGGUCUGGGCUCUUCUAGGGAGCCCUACUCAAGGGUACAGAGAACUUGGUGGCCUCAGAUGAAAGGACUGGGCUCUUACAAUGGUUCCAGGAGUCAGAGAUGGGUGGAGAGGUAGGUGAAAGACCCAAGGUGGAAGAGCAGUGAGAGGAGGGGCUGGGCAUUCAGCUCAGUGGUUUGGCUGCCUGCCUCGCAAGGGCAAAGUCCCGAGUUCGAUCCCCGCUACCAAAAAGAAAAGAAGAAAGAAAGAGCGGUGGGCAGAUGCCGGAGGCAGAACACAGGGUCCCCAGGAUGGUGGGAACCCCCUGCUACUCAGCAAGAACAUAAAGACACAGAACCAAUAAAAACUCCCCUUUCUUGUUUAUGGCA